CGCUGUAGCAUAUUGCUGAUACCGGCUCUAAUAAGUUUUUAGCAAAUUAAUAAUAUGAGUGCUGACGCUGCAACCUUACCUUGUCCUAUAUGUUUACACACGGGAGUUUUUGAUAAUGCGCAAUCUCUUAAAGAUCGACUCAUAUUCGUAUCAACUAAUAAGAUUCUGUGUCCAGUUUGUCAAGAAGAAGUAUCGGGAUUAGAUAAACUCACCAUACAUUUAUUCAGUCAUGUGAAGAUUAUAUCUACACCCGGAAACGCGGAGAAAAGAAUUUCGGUUUCAUCUAAAAAUAAGGAAACGACAUCAGAUCAACAAAAGAAAAUGAAACCUAUAUCCAAAAAUAAAGCAUCUUUAUCAACAGCGAAUAUACCAAUGAAAUAUGUUAAGAUUUAUCCGAAGCUCCCAGUUUUAGCUUUAAGCACUAUGCCAAUUGUUGAAAUAUCUCCUAAUACGGAUUGUAAUGUUAAUAGUAGCAAAUCUCUGUUUAUACCAAAUGUUAAGACAGAAGCUACAUUAUUACAGACAACUAAUAAAUGCAAUAUUUGUGGGUUGCAAUUUGUAGAUACUGACAUACUACGGAUGCACAAGUGCUUAAUUCACAACAUUGAGGACAAUUCUCAACAUACAUUUACUCGAUAUAAUUGUCACCUAUGUACUAAACAUUUUAAGAUGCGAGGAUCUCUGAUGGUGCAUUUAAGAGUAGCUCAUUAUGGUUUUACAUCUAAUAAUAGUUCAGAGUCCAGUGAUAGUAAGGAUAAAACAGAAGCAAGCAAAAACAUUGCUAUCGAAGAUAAACCUAUUGCGAUUCAUAGAGGUGAUGGUAAACAAUGGCAGUGCGAAGUAUGCAGAAAAUGCUUUACCACAAAAUAUUUUCUCAAGAAACAUAAACGACUUCAUACAGGUGAAACUCCUUACGCGUGUACUCAAUGCAACAAAACCUUUACUUUUCAGCAAUCUUACCACAAACAUCUUUUGUAUCAUAAUGAUGAAAAACCUCAUACAUGCAGUUUUUGUGGCCGAGCAUUUAAGGAGCUUUCGACUUUACAUAACCAUCAACGAAUUCAUACUGGUGAAAAACCUUUUGCGUGUGAGACUUGUGGGAAAUGCUUUCGCCAAAGGGUAUCAUAUCUCGUUCAUAGACGUAUACAUACAGGUGCUAUGCCCUAUAAAUGUACAGCCUGUGAAAAAAGUUUUAGGUAUAAAGUAUCUCAGCGAACUCACAAAUGCUUAGUUCAACCACCAGGUACUGUUGUCAGAAAAGUUGGUGAACUCGUUGAAAAACUUAAAAAGAAACAGGAAUCAGACGACAGUAAUUUAAAUAAUAACGUUACAACUGAAAAUUUAUACGGGAAUACUAAAUUUGAAGUAUCAGAAGUUAAUGCUGAAUUAGUGCGAACUGGAGCGAAAUUGUCAUUAGAAGAUAUGGAAUCUGAAAACUUCACAAUAAUAUCAGAAGCCUUUAGUGAAAAUCAUACGCUUUGCUCUAAUUACCCGACAUCAGGAGCUAACGCCGAUUCGAAUGAAAAAAAUUUAGAAGAACUGAGAUCUAAUAUAGACGAAUUUAUUGAUUCAGUGCCUUUAAAUGAUAAAAGUAUACCAUCCCCAUCGGAGAUUUUGAAAAAUUUAUGCUUAUCUAACGAUGAUGACUUUUUAUGUUGAUAUAACAAUGAAAAUACAAAGUACUAUGCUAGAAAUAAAGAUUUUAAUGACUCAUGAUAUUAUUUGUUAAAAUAAAAUAAAUAAACGAUAUAAAUUUUAUGAGAAUCUAAUUGAUUUUUCAACUUUACUUAC